AUGGGCGUCCCCGCUACUUUCAAAGCUGCCGUCGUGCCCGAGCCUGGUGCCCAGCACACAGUCCAAGACCGCUCCCUGCCGGCGCUCGAGGCCGGCGAGGUCGCCAUCAAGGUCACGGCCACCGCGAUCAACCCGGUCGACUGGAAGAUCCGUGACUACAAGGUCUUCAUCAAGGACUACCCGGCCGUCCUGGGAAGCGACGCAGCAGGCGAGAUCGCCGCCGUGGGAUCGGGCGUGACCAACUUCAAGGAGGGGGACCGCGUCUUCUUCCAGGGCAUCAUCGGCAAAUACGACUCGUCCACCUUCCAGCAGUACGUCAAGCUGCCCGCGGAGCUCGCGGGCAAGACGCCCAAGAACAUCUCGGACGACGAGGCCGGCGGCAUCUCGCUCGCCACCGUCGCCGCCCUGACGGGCUUCUACGACAAGAGCGGGCACGGGCUGCCGGCCCCCUGGGCCGAGGGCGGCGAGCAGGCCGGCAAGGGCAAGGGCAUCGUGAUCCUGGGAGGCAGCUCCUCGGUGGGCCAGUACGCGAUCCAGCUGGCCAAGCUCUCGGGCUUCGAGAGGGUCGUCACCAACGCGAGCGCCAAGCACCUGGACCACCUCAAGGCCCUGGGCGCCGACGUCGUCCUCGACCGCGCGUCGCAGAACAGCGAGGAGGACUUCAAGGCCGCGCUGGGCGGCGUGCCGCUCGCCUUUGUGUUCGACUCCAUCUCGGAGAAGGACACCCAGAUCCAGGGCGUCAAGAUCCUCGCGGCCACAAAGACCGAGAACAGCCACGUGAUCACCGUCCAGGGCGUCAACGCUGAGGCUGCCGAGCUGGGCCAGUCGCUCGAGCCCAAGUCGGCCGUCAAGCAGGUCUUGGGUCUUGGUAGCGCUCCUCACCUGCGCUACCUCAGCGAGCCUCUGAUGAAGCACCUUGGUGGUGAGGAUGGGUAUAUCGCCAAGGGCCGGUUUGUGCCGAACAGGCCUGCUGUGGUGAGCGGUGGCCUGGCUAACAUCGAGGAGGCGCUGGCGAAGAACAAGAAGGGCGUGUCUGGAGAGAAGGUCGUUAUCCGCCCUUUUGAUGCUUAA